GGAAUAGUCAUGGUUGCUAGAAGAGCUUUUCUUCGUCUCUCGAAUUUUGGGAGCGGCUUUCGGUAUGUUUGGAUUUAUUUAUUUAUUUUAUUUUAUUUUUUUAUAUAUUCUACAUGCCCAUUAUAAAUGUCUCGCUGUGGCCUUGUAGGGCUUGAAUCCUCGUCGUUCCCUUCCUCCUCCUAUCAAUGACUUUUGCGGGAACUUUGGCGUCCUUUGCUUGCCAAUUAGAAAAAUAAAAUAAAAAAUGUUGAAAAAGGAGGAAGAAGAAGAAGAAGAUAAAAAAGAAAAAGAAAAACAAAAAAAAAGAGGAAGAAGAAGAUCGAAACAAUAAAAAGAAUGUGGAAAUAAGAUUAAGUUUGCUGACAGAUGUUCACAGUGUGUCUGGCUCAACUCGCUACAGCAACAUGACACGACUGGGGAUGCCCUUGCAACAAACACGACAUGAGAGCACAGGCACCAAAGUCGAAUACAAGAUUGUCGAAAAAGUCCAGAAUUUCAAGCAAACCGAAGCGAGCCGGCCCGAUUUUGAUCAUUCUGGCAAACCCAUUGAAGUGACCAAAUCUCCCAACCCCAACUGGCAAUGGGGUUCCGGAAUUAAUGACGGCGGGGAGAGCCUCAAAGCUAAGCAUCGAGAGAUUGACCCGUACGCGAAUGACCGGCCGAUGGUGAACAACUACAGACUGUUGGUGUCAGGAAUCGCACCUCGCCCUGUUGGAUUCAUCAGCACCAUGAGCGAAGGCGGCAAAACCAAAAACCUUUCUCCUUUUAGCUACUUUCAGGUCAUUGAUCAUGACCCGCCCAUGUUCGUUGUGGGAUUCUCCGGCCGACCCGGUCGUCCCAAGGAUACCGCGCACAACUUGAAACUCACUGGAGAGUGUACCAUCAACGUCGUAUCGGAGAACAUGAUUGAGGCGGUCAACGCUUCGUCCAUUGAUGCUCCUUACGGCGUGUCUGAAUGGGAUGUUGCAGGGCUGCACGAGUCUCCAUCAACAACCGUGAAGCCUUCCCGUGUUCAGGAGUCUUUAUUUUCAAUUGAAGGGAAAGUGAUUGAUGUCAAGGAAUUUGAAGAUCAUGCCCGCCCUGGUAUGAGCAUCGCGUCCCUCGUCCUCGUCAAGGCCACCCGCUUCUGGGUUCGCGAAGAUGCUGUCAACGAAGCCGGAAGCCACAUUGAUCUGGAUAAGCUGCGGCCCAUUGGGCAGUUGGGAGGCAUUUCAUACGGCCGUAUCACAUCUACAUUCGAACUUCCGAGGCCACGAUGGGUGGAUGAGGUUGAGCGUAGCCCUCUAUUGGCCAAAUUGGAAGCAGACGCGAAGAAGUCUACUUGAACUGCGCGCACAGCAUCUGGAGUUGGAGUGCAGCAGCUGAUUUUGUGGAUAUCUGGAAUUGUUUUGAUAUAAUAGGCGGAUUGUUAAAGCAUAUAGACUGCGUGCAGGUGUAAGAGAGCAUAUUUUGGCAUUUUGAUAUAAUGUACAUUGAAGAUAGGCUCGGC